AUGGAAACUCAAGCGUCCUUCUUGGUUAUCAGCUUCUUUCUGUUUUCGCUGUUGCAUUGGCUUGUAAAAUAUUACAAGCCAAAAGGCACUCUUGUCCCCAAACUGCCCCCAGGUCCAAGGAAGUUACCUCUCAUUGGGAACCUGCAUCAACUAGCACUUGCAGGUUCUCUUCCACACCAUUCUCUUGGAGAACUUGCCCACAAAUAUGGGCCUCUCAUGCACCUCAAACUUGGUGAAAUUUCUGUUGUUGUUGUAUCCUCUCCAAGGUUGGCCAAGGAGAUUAUGAAAACCCAUGAUGUUUCUUUUGUGAAUAGGCCACAACUUCUCCCUGCUCAGAUUUUGACUUAUGGGGCAACAGAUAUUGCUUUUGCUCCAUAUGGUGAUUACUGGAGACAAAUGAGGAAAAUAUGUACGAUGGAGCUUCUAAGUUCCAAGAAAGUUCAGUCUUUCUCUUUUAUUAGAGAAGAUGAGACUGCCAAAUUUAUAGAAGCAAUUCGAACAUCAGCAGGUUCACCAAUCGAUCUUACUAGUAGAAUUUUCUCUUUGGUAAGUGCUUCUGUUUCCAGGGCAGCUUUUGGUGACAAAUCUGAGGACCAAGAUGAAUUUAUAUCUUUGACUAAAAAAAUAAUAGCAUCGGCAGGAGGAUUUGACCUCGCUGAUUUGUUUCCUUCAAUGAAACCUAUACACUUCAUAACUGGGGUGAAGCCGAAAUUGGAGAAGUUGCACAAACAGGUUGACAAGAUCUUAGAAAACAUUGUCACGGAGCAUAAAAAAAAGCAAAGAAGAGCAAUAGAAGGCAGAGUUGAAGUACAGGAGGAAGAUCUUGUUGAUGUUCUUUUGAGAAUCCAAAAAAGUGGGAAUCUCGAGAUCCAAAUUACCACCGCAAACAUCAAAGCUGUGAUAUUGGACGUAUUUUCUGCUGGAACUGAUACUUCAGCAUCGACAAUAGAGUGGGCUAUGACAGAAAUGAUGAGAAAUCCAAGAGUGAGGGAGAAAGCACAAGCUGAGUUAAGACAAGCAUUUAAAGGAAAGGAAAUAAUACAUGAAACUGAUAUAGAGGAACUUAGUUACUUAAAAUUGGUGAUCAAAGAGACAUUGAGGUUACACCCACCUACUCCUUUAUUGAUCCCUAGAGAAUGCUCUGAACUAACCAUCAUUGAUGGGUAUGAAAUUCCUAUUAAGACUAAAGUGAUGGUAAACGUAUGGGCAAUUGGAAGAGACCCCAACUGUUGGACUGAUGCUCAGAGGUUUGUGCCAGAGAGGUUCGAUGGCAGUUCCAUUGAUUUCAAAGGGAAUAACUUUGAGUAUAUUCCUUUUGGGGCAGGAAGGAGAAUGUGCCCAGGCAUGUCGUUUGGUUUAGCCAGCAUUAUGCUUCCUCUGGCUCUAUUACUCUAUCACUUCAACUGGGAACUCCCUAAUGGGUUGAAACCUGAGGAUUUGGAUAUGGCUGAGCACUUUGGAUUGGCAGUUGGAAGGAAAAGCGAGUUGAGUUUGGUUCCCAUUGUUUAUGAUCUUUGA